UGUUUGCCUUUUCCCCAUGGAGACUUCAAAAUUUUUUUCGCGCAUUGAGAAUUUAGAACUUGCCGAAGGAUACAAGAAGACUUACAAGAACUUGGAUGAGGUGCUGCCCACUCUCAUCCCCAGGAAAGGCUGGUGGUUGGACCAGCUUUUUCAUUACCAACGCUUCUGGCUAUCGACUUUUGCCCUCCGGGGAAGCAUGUUGGUCAACGAUCACUUCAACCCUCGACCCACGGACAUCAUCGUCGCGACGUCCCCCAAGUGCGGCACGACGUGGCUAAGGGCCCUCGUCUUUUCCAUCUACAACAGGAGCUCCUUCGAUUUCAGCGACCAUCCUUUGAGCAAAAACAACCCUCAAGAACUGGUCCCCUUCCUGGAUGGAUGUAUUCAAGUCGACGGGUCAACUUCGUUCAUCGAUGGGUUCCCUUCGCCUCGGCUUCUCUCAACCCACCUUCCUUACUCCUUGUUUCCACAACGCAUGACCGAUGAUGCCUCCGGUUGCCGUUUUGUUUACAUCUGUAGAGAUCCCAAAGACGUCUUAAUCUCCAAGUGGCAUUUCGCCAACAAGUUGAGACCCAAAGAUCUUCCACCGAUUACGCUAGACGAAGCCUUUGACUCUUUCUGCGAAGGGGUCUCGCACUACGGACCGUACUGGGAUCACGUCUUGGUGUAUUGGAAAGCUAGCCUGGAGUCACCAAAGAAGGUUUUGUUCUUGAAAUAUGAAGAUGUGAAGAAGGAGCCUGGGGAUUGUGUGAGGAAAGUGGCGGAGUUCUUGGGGGUACCCUUUUCACCCGAGGAACAAAACGAUAAGAUCGUGGAAGAUAUAGUGAAGCUGUGCAGUUUUGAGAAUAUGAGCGAGCAGGACGUGAAUAAAAACGAGACCAGAAACUCGAAACGUCCUAUCAGCAACGCAGAUUUCUUCAGGAAAGGAGAAGUUGGAGAUUGGGUCAAUCAUUUGUCACCUCAAAUGGCCGAGACAUUGGACCAGAUCACAGAACAAAAGCUUCAAGGUACUGGGUUCAGCUUUCGUUGAUCCCCGGUAUUUCAUGCUGUUUGAAUGAUUUAGCAAUCGCUGUUAAUAAAUCUAUUCACCAUCUCAGUGAAUAUGACUUGCAUUUGAUAAAAGAAUAAAUAAAUUUGGGGCGACUUAUGUUCCUAUUUUCGUGG